GACGAAAGAGGAAGAAGGUGGUGUCGGUGAAGACGAAAGAGGAAGGUGAUGAUGUUGGCGUUUGUUGUUGGUGGAGGUGAAAGACGAAGCUACAAUGGAAUCCUAACACUGCUAUGACGCCGUCUAGAUUAGUCCAAGUCAUCAACUAUAGUGGAGUUUACAGUCAGCACUUCUUCUGAUUUUAAUACUCGUACCAUGAAUUUACAAUUCUCAAUGCAUUUUAAUUACACAAAUGCCAUUAGAGAUACUCUCCUUGUUUCUCAAGAAGAGAAACCGGGGCACGCCCAACGAAUAGAGUCUUACAUCCAUUCACUUAUUAAUAUUGUUUAAAAAAAAUUACCCCUAGGCCCUAGUAAAUUUCCCACGGAGGACGAUAGGGCGUGGUGGUUCAAUCUUGGUAUUGACCAGUUGUAUUGAUUGAAUUCGAUCUUCCAAAACCCUUCAUUUUCUCCUCUCUUUCUUCUUCGAUCCCCAAACUCUCUGCUUUAAUCUUACCUUCAUACUCCUCUAAUGCUCUUUAUAAUACCCUUUUCAUCAUUAUAAUUAUCAACCGAUAAAGAUGAAGAUGAAAUUAUGGUUAAUUCAUGUACUAUGGUUGAUUGCUUUCUUCUUCCUCUCCAUUUUUAAACCAUCAAUUUCUCAACCUCUCUAUUCUCGCUCCUUGGUUAAACGAUCUUCUGAUCUUUCUUCUUCUGCUCUUCCUUCUUCCAGACGUGAAACUGUGCUUGUUGCUACUCUGGAUGGCACUUUAUCUUUAGUCGAGAUCAAUUCGCUUAAGAUCCUGUGGUCAAUUAAGACAGGACUUCCGAUUUAUUCAUCCUAUCAAGCUUCGCAUAAUAUUGAUCUUAAUUUAGAGAAUGUUUCUGGGCUUCGAGAUGAUACGUAUAUAGAUUGUGGAGAUGAUUGGAUUUUGUACAGACACGACCGUUCUAAGGGCAUCAUCGAGAGGCUCAAGAGUGCCAAAGAUUUGAUUAGGGAGACAAAAGGAUUAUCUAAGAAUGGAACUUCUGUAAUAAGUCAAAUGGCUACUACAGUUUUUGUAGUGGAUGCUAAGACUGGAACAAUAAUUCGUACUGUAAAGUUUUCUGAUUCUUCUGGUUUGGGGUUUGAGGAUGGUGAAAAUCCUGUUAUAAUUAGAGAUGAGGGUAAAAGUCAGAUCUCAAUUACAAGGACAGAUUAUUCAUUUCUAGCCUACUCAAAAUCAUCUGGCAAGGUUCUAUGGAAUGUCUCACUUGCUGAAUUUGAGGCCGAGUCUUUUUGUCCAAAGGUGGAUAGAUCCAUAGUGGAUAGUUUGCAGGAUCAGCUAAGCUCCGUCUACAACGGAAGAUCUGAAGCUUGUGAACCUUGUCUAAGACGUAAUAUUGUAUACCGGAUCCGUGAUCGUGGAUUUUCAGAAUUAGUUUCGCCGGAUUCUGGGGCUGGUCUAGUUAAUGACUUGCAAAGAUCACUUCCAGGGGACAGGAAGCUUCAACUACCUGGUCCUGGUCAUUUGCACUUUCCUGUGCCAAUUAGUGAACCACCUGAUGCUCAUCAUGAUUUAAAUCAGGUUCUGGCUUUGCCAGCUCCUGAAAGCGCCCAUUCCUUUGCCCACUCCGAGGUGCUGGCUUUGCCCCCUUCUGCUCACCGUAGCGGAUACACUAUAUAUCCUGAAUCAAGUUCGAAACAUUUUUUCUGGUCCCCAAUUUUCUCCGGGCUUAUACUGAUCACGGCAGUUAUUGCUGUUUUUCGAAGUGUCUUUGGUCGAGAACAUUCACAGCGUGAGGAUUUGAAAUCAAAAUCUACACCAUCAAAGAAAAAGAAACCUAGAAAGUCAGGAAUUAACAACACCAAUAUUAAUAGUGCUAAGGGAAGAAAUUUCGACGCAGAUGAUAGCUCUUUGGCUGGAUUUUCACCUAUUGAAGUGCUUAAAGAGUCCUCUUUUGCUAGUUCAGUUGAUGUUCACGUUGGUGGAUGGAAGAUUGGUAAAUUAUAUAUUUCACAAUAUGAGAUUGCGAAGGGAAGCAAUGGAACCGCUGUUUUUGAGGGUACUUAUGAUGGUCGCGCUGUGGCUGUCAAACGUCUUGUGCGUACACAUCAUGACGUGGCCCUGAAAGAAAUUCAGAAUCUUAUGGCUUCUGAUCAGCAUCCUAACAUUGUCAGAUUUUAUGGAGUGGAAUCUGAUACAGACUUCGUUUAUCUAUCUCUGGAACGCUGUUUAUGUAGUUUAAAUGAUUUGAUAUCUGUUUGUUCUGAAUCUUCACAAGCAUCAACAAGCACAGAGACUAGAGUUUCCAGCUCCAUGAGUGCGUACACUGCACAAUCACUGGAAAAGAUAGAGGCCUUCAAUGACACCUACUUAUGGAAGUCAAAUGGAUACCCUUCAACUCAGCUGUUAAAAGUGAUGAGAGAUGUUGUAUCAGGGGUUGCACAUCUUCAUGAAAUCAGCUUAAUACAUCGAGAUUUGAAGCCUCAAAAUGUUUUGAUAAUCAAAGAUAAAAAUUUCAGAGCCAAACUUUCAGAUAUGGGCAUCAGCAAGCGCCUUCCUGAAGAUAUGUCUUCCGUAACCCAAAAUGGUACAGGCAGUGGGAGUUCGGGCUGGCGAGCACCCGAGCAAUUACGUGAGAGUCGCCAUACGCGUGCAGUGGAUUUAUUUAGUUUAGGUUGUGUUCUCUUCUUCUGUCUUACAAAAGGCAAACAUCCAUUUGGUGAAAAUUUUGAGCGGGAUGCCAAUAUUGUAAAGAAUGAAAAGGAUCUAUUUUUGAUCGAAGAUGUUCCAGAAGCUUUGGAUCUUAUUACUAAUCUCUUAGAUCCUAAUCCAGAAUUGAGACCAAAAGCUGAUGUGGUAUUGCAUCAUCCAUUAUUUUGGGACUCUGAAAAGCGACUCUCAUUUCUUCGAGAUGCCAGUGAUCGUGUAGAGUUAGAAGAUAGAGAAAUCGAUUCUGACCUCUUGAAAGCGUUGGAAUCCACUGCAACCGUGGCCCUGGGCGGAAAAUGGGAUGACAAACUUGAAAGUUCAUUUCUCACCAACAUUACUCGCUACAGACGGUACAAGUAUUACAGUGUUCGUGACUUACUUCGUGUUAUACGUAACAAGUUAAAUCACUAUCGAGAGCUCCAUAUUGAGAUUCAGGAAGUAUUAGGGUCAGUUCCCGAAGGAUUUGAUAAUUACUUCAGAGAUCGAUUCCCAAAACUUCUAAUCGAGGUUUAUAAAGUGAUAUAUGAAUACUGUCAUGAGGAAGAGUUACUUGGCAAGUAUUUUAGAAAUAGUUUGUUGUAAUUAACCCCACGUUACCGCCUGGUUAUAAAUUUCCAUGUAUAUUUGUUAUCUUUACGUUUUUGUAUACAUAUAUGAUUGAUAUGUAAAUGUUUUGUUGUAAGACUUGUAACACUAUUGUUUGAUACGGGGGUCGUCUUAUGAGUAGAAGUGUCAAAACCGAACCGAUUCGAAAAAAAACAUUCGUUUUGAAUUGUAA